UUAUAUGUUGACGUAGUAAUUAGUAAUUUAUGGGUAUAAUAACAAAUGCCCGAAUAAAUUCUAUAAGGUAGUAUAAAUGGAAAACUUUGCUAAAACAUUCUGCAGGCUUUGCCUCGACGUCAUAGUAGAUGGGAAUUUCAAAAUAAUAGAAGAGACUAUUAAAGAAGUUCUAGAGGUUCUUCUGUUGAAACUGAGAAUAGAAGAAAAUAUUAAGCCUAUAAUAUGCAGUACUUGUUCCAUCAGACUAUUUGAGGCAUUUCAAUUUAAAGCGAUGUGUACAGACACUGAGGAUAGUAUUUUUCCUCACGUUAGUUCUGAAAAUGUGGCACCAGUUGAUUUAAAAGAUAUUUAUCUAAAAGGAAGAGGUAAGGAACACUUAAGAGGUUUAUUGGAAGACGAAAAACUUUGUCGAUUGUGUAUGCAGUUAGACACCUGUGGAUUUACAUCAGUAAAAGAUGUGGAUUUUGACAUAAUCACUAAAUAUAUUCCGGAAGUAAAUUUUAAUUCCACCGAGGAUCCAGUUAUUUGUACAGCUUGCCUUGAUUCUCUGAACACUCAUGGCAGGUUUUUAAAAAUGUGUUCAGAUAUAGACGAGCAAAUUUGUGAUGGUAAAACUACAGGGGAUCGAUUAUAUAUUGAUACUGAAGAGAUUGAAAUAAAAUCUGAAGAAAACAAUGAAGAUAGCGAUUCUCCCCUAUAUAACAACAAUGAAUCUUCAGUCAGCAUAAACCAGAGUAAUUCUUUACAAAAUUUGACGGAAGUGGAUGAAAAUGAUAAAUACGAAAUUAAAACUAACUGCGAGAGAAAGCACAUAAGAGGCAUAUCAGAGACGAUCUCCAACAAACCUGAUACAUGUGGUUACAAAAUCAAGGGCAAUGAUAAAUUAAAACUCGAAUCCAAGCUCAACAGCAGCCUUUCACCCCACCAAAUAAAUCACAAAGACAUUUCUAAGCCACGGUUAUAUGAAUGCGAUACGUGCGGCUUCAAAGUGAAACGUAAGUGCCACCUUAGAACGCAUCUACUCAAACACAAAAGUCCCUUUGAGGUGCAAAUGUACCACUGCAAUACGUGCAAUUUCAAAUCCAAAUAUAAACAAAGUAUCGCAAAACAUCAACUGGUGCACGUAGAUUACUCCAAGGAGCCGACGUUCAUAUGUUGCACAUGCGGUGCGAAGUUCAAGCAGAAAAGAUACCUUCUGCGCCAUCAACUAAGUCACACAGACAGUUCUGAAUUGCGGCCGUAUGAAUGUGACACAUGCGACUUUAAAGCAAAACGUAAAUACCAUCUUGAAAGGCAUCAGUUGAUGCACAAAAGUACAUCUGAGGUGCAAAUGUACGAAUGCAAUACCUGCGACUAUAAGUGCAAACGUAAGGACCAACUAUUAGGCCAUCAACUGAUACAUAGAGAUUACACUAGCACAUCACUGUUCAAGUGUGAUACGUGUGAUUUCAGCACCAAAUAUAAGAACAGCUUUACAGGCCAUCAGUUAACACACAAAAACAUUUCAGAGGUGCCUACGUACAAUUGCGAUAAAUGUGACUUUAGGAGCAAACAUAGACAGAGUUUUAAAAUGCAUAUAGUACUUCACGAAGGUGUUCCACAGGUGCCACUGCAUAAGUGCGAUAUAUGUGGUUUUGAAACCGUGCAAAAAGCCAAUCUUAACACCCACUUGCUGAAACACGACAGCAUUUUUAACGCACGGACAUUUAAAUGUAACGAGUGUAACUUCACAACUAAAUAUAAACAGGAUCUUCCAAGGCAUCAGCUAAUGCACAAAGACAUUUCACAAAUGCCAUUGUAUAAGUGCCACAUAUGUGGCUUUGAAAUCAGGGAAAAGCACAAUUUCAAAAAACACCUGCUGAAGCACAAAAGCAUUUCUGACACACCGACAUUCGAAUGUGACAGGUGCGAUUUUAAAACUAAAUAUAAACAGGGUCUUGCAAGGCAUAGCAUACAGCACAAAGACGUUUCGGAAGUCCCGCAGUACGAGUGUCAUACCUGUGGACACAAAACCAAGCACAGAGGUAACCUUAUUACUCACCAGAAACUACACAGAGGCCAAAGUCAGUCACUCAAAGAUGAAAUACUGAAAUAACUGUAUCGACUAAGAGCUGCAGUGGUCAGAUUAUGAAAGUUGUUUGUUAAUUUCAGAUAAACUUGUUACGUCGCCUUGUGUGACCACGCAACAAUUUUGUCAGAUAGAUUAUUUAUAGUGUAAAUUUGAUUAUCCAGCAAAAAUAAUAAAUACAAAAUGUCAAAUAA